AUGAGUGUGCUCCGCUUCCUGCUGGCCCUUGGCUGCCUGCGGCUUGGUUCAGCUGUGGACCUCCAGCCCCAGCUGGCCAGUGUGACCUUUGCCACCAACAACCCCACGCUCACCACUGUGGCCUUGGAAAAGCCGCUCUGUGUGUUUGACAGCUCUGCGACCCUCGUUGGAACCUACGAAGUCUACCUCUAUGUCCUGGCUGAACUGGCCAGCUCCAAGAAUGACUCAGUGCAGGACCACACUGGUAACCCCCUGAGCGCAACAUUCCAGCAAACGGAAGGCGGGCGUACGAGCCCCUACAAGGCCGCAUCCUUUGACCUGCAGCCCUGCAGUGACCUGCCCAGCCUGGAUGCCAUUGGAGAUGUGUUUCGGGCUUCUGAGAUCCUGAACUCCUACCUGAUCAAGGUGGGCAGCAACAGGGCCUGCCUGCUCGAUCCCAACUUCCAGGGCCUCUGCAACCCGCCUCUGUCGGCAGCUACAGGAUAUAGGUUCAAGUAUGCCCUGGUCAAUAUGUCCACAGGCUUGGUAGAGGACCAGACACUCUGGUCAGACCCCAUCCGAACCAACCGGCUCGCCCCAUAUUCGGCAAUCGACACGUGGCCAGGGCGGCGGAGCGGGGGCAUGAUCGUCAUCACAUCCAUUCUGGGGUCCCUGCCCUUCUUCCUGCUCCUCGGGUUCGCAGGCGCCAUCAUCCUCAGCUUCGUGGAUAUGGGAAGUUCGGAUGGAGAGACCACCCAUGACUCACAGAUCAUGCAGGAGGCUGUCCCCAAGUCCCUGGAGACUUCGUACACAUCUGUGAACCGGGGGCCAGCCUUGGACAGGGCCGAAGUGUAUUCCAGCAAGCUCCAGAACUGA